GAAAUGGAGAAGGCUGAUGAAUGGGCCUGAUGGUGAAGCUCGGUCCUUUCCCCUCCUUUCCCCUUCGCGUUUUACUUCCAUAUCCGGCCUGGUUUUCUGCUGCCUGUUCCCCGCUAUACACCCAAAGGAGCCUGCCCUCCACCGUCAUCCGCCAUGUCCCUGCGACGCGUCACCCUGCGACAUUGCCCUCUUCUACGCGCAUCCCCUGGGUCUCUCCCCAGAUAGCCCCAUGAAUUUCCCUGUCCGCCCGGACACAUUUUGCCGCCUCUUGCAGCUAACAGAUGGGCUCUCGCCACAGCCAACUCACGUUCGCAGCGUACAGUCCUUCUUGCUCUCCCGUUCUCCCGUUGUCUACCGUCCUUCCUUUCCACUCCUUUCUGCAGAAUAAUGGAAUCCCAUCCGUCCACCAUGGCCCACGACGGUACAAACACCCAUAGAUAUCCCCAUCCUCCCAUUCAUCAACACGGUUUGGAUUUCUCCCCACGCACGCACCCGUUUGCAACCUCCAGGCCUCCGCGCAUCGACAACUCUGACCCCACCAGCGAAUUCAUAUAUCAAAUGCCACUCAUGCGGGGGUUCGGAAAGAGCUUGUCAGAAGGAGGAAACAUGGCAUACUCUGGGCCGCUGGACCUAAACGCCCUGAACGAGCGCCUCCAGGGCCUUGGUCCCAACUUUGACGAACAAUCAGAAUCUCUUGGAAGCCUCGAUAUUGCCAACCAAUCUCAUCCUCUCAAGGCCAACGGUCGGUCAGAGCCAUACUCACCAAGCAGGUACGAACGAUCGCCUAAUCGAGCAAAUCAACUUCCUCAGCCUCAGCUCACCAAGCAAACGCCCGCUACCAAGCUAACGUCCAUUACCAAUCCACCACUGACCACCCAUACUGGAUAUAUAUCUACUCCGUUGCUUGAUCCCAACGAACCAGAUCCCAAUCAACCCUAUCGUUGGGCCUACCCAUCCGUAACCGAGCUCGCACCCAACGACUCUGUCAGCAUGUACCGACCAGCUCGUGCGCCAUCUAGAGUCAGAUCCGGCCGCAGAGGUGGCACUAAUGUCGACCCAGGGGAAGGCGACAUUACUCCUGGCAAAAUGUACAACGAGGUACAUGAGCAAGAUGGCGAGUCUUUCUGGUCUGAAGAUAACAUUACUCAGGGCACACCCAAGACAAGCAGGAGAUUCGAGGAAGAGAUGACUAUGGGACCUACUAGUGUAUGGACAAGAGGUGAUAUUGGUCGAAAUAUGUAUGAUAUGCGCGACCGUCUUCUUGAUGCUGAAGCUCGCCGUGACCAAGAAGCCAUGUCUUCGCUUCGUCGUCAAAUCUCUGAAGCUCACAAUCUUGCUGCGACAACUGCGCGAUUAGAAGCAGCAGAAAAGCAGCUUCGUGAGCUUCAAGCGAGGCUCAUUGCGGAGCAGGUCGCUCGCACUCAGACCGAGCAAGUGGCAGGACUGAGAGAAGACGAGGUAAAAAACUACCAAAAUGAAUGGGCUAGUGCAGUGAGAGCUUUACGCAGGGCUAGGGAGGAAGGUAAGAAAACAGAUGAGGAAAAAAGGAGGAUUCAGAGAUGUUUUGAGGAGGCCAGAGAUAAAUUGUGGAAAUACCACGAGGCUCUGCGGGUGCGCGAGGCAAGAGCCCAAGGCAAAGAAGAAGGUCGAGCGGAGGCUUGGCAAGAGGCCGAGCGAUGGAUGGGCGGUUCUCCCCCCAUUCCGGGUGUUGAUCCGAUCCCGGCUGUUCCGGGGGCUGUGCUUCAUCAAACGCCCAUGACCGGUCCACUCUACCUGCAAUCACCCCAGCUGCAAUCGCCGACGACCAACUUAUUCCAGCCCCAAACUCAGAAUGUUCAGGCUCACCCUUCUCGUCAACAUCCUCAGCAACAACAACAACAACAACAACAACAGCCCAUAACUCCGGCACAACUUCCCAUGCAAAGCAUCGCCCAGCUGUUAGAAUGGCUUGCAAGCAAUCCGGGGGCAUUCUCACAGGCCUCGGGGAACCAGGGUCAGCCGCAAGCUCAUCAAAACAUACAUCCUCAGCAGCAGUUUGCGCAACAUGAUGGAACCACUGCUCAGUACAUGGGUAAGGCAUCAACGCCUUCACAAAUACAUCAGCAGCAGCAGCCUGCGAUGGUCCCAGGGAUGAUGCCUAUUGCACAGUCUCAACUCUUGGGGCACAGCAGCCAAGUGCAGCAACAGAUGCCACAGCAAAUGUAUCGCACACCAGGUACUCAACAACACUCUCAACCACGUCAACCUGCCUCAGCCCUCUCACAGGGAAAGCGACUUCACCAUAACAUUCCAAAUACGCAAACGGCCUCCUCACAUGUCAAUGCUCCACUGCCGGACCCCGCGCUAAACCCUCAUACAGCAGACAGCUACCUGGAACGAGUUGACCAUGAUCCAGGAUUAAAGAAGAUGAUGGCUGGGGCAAGGAGUAAGACUGUGCAUACCUCUCAAGUUCCUACUGCUGCCACGGCUGGGCUUGAACCUGGCCGGCAGCCUCUCACGGGUACCAGAUCGCAAUUUGACGACAAGCCCCUCCCUCCUCUCACAUUAGAUACCCCUGGCGUUAGCCGCUCUCAUACAGUCCGUGCACCCCACAAAGAUCCUAUCGCUAGCAACAACCGCCUACCUAGAAGGAUGAGUCUUUCAGAAGGUCUGCACAACUAUGACCAUCAUCAUCAGAGGCCCAUGAGUCAAAUUCCGGACGGAGACAGGUAUCCCAUUUUUCCCCUUCCAGGGAAAAAUGAAGGGAAAAAUGGGCACCAUGGAUUUGGAACUGUCGAAUCGACCCAUAUUGAUCAUGCCGUUCCUCUUGAACUUUCCAAUUUCCGAUCUCCCAACUCUGAAUACCGUGACGGGCGUGCAUCCGAAUGGAGCACUCCCGCUAGACGUAAUCGUGGUCCCGCUGCGCUUUCGGCUGCCCGUAGCAAAGUUGCUGGUGCUUUGCGGAAAGAUAUGGAUAUUGAGCCAGAGCUGAGAGAUAACGAGGAAAUGGGUGAAAGAGAGAGAUUUAUCGACAUGCAUGCUGGACAGGUACGGCCACCCAUGGAGCAACAUGGCGAAUCAGGUAUGCCGCCACAAAUGUUUAGGCCUAUGCCUUCUCAAGGUGGCAGGAGCCCAUCCGGUCCUCCCAGACCUGCACCCUCCAUGCCUAAUAUAAGGCAUCGGAUCCAACCCGUAAUGCCAAAACCUCUUGGGCACUCUCGGACCCGCUCGGAAUCCCAUCAUGGGGUUGGCCACCCUCAACCUCACUCCAUCGCUGCCUUAUAUAAUGCUCGUCAGACGGGCCCAGCAGCUAGGGCAAAUGACCGGCUUCCAGAGCCUGAAUCCCUGUACCAUCCCCUUAAAUCACACAACCUAUUCAUUCCCCCGCAAUUGGCCACAGAAGCUGUGAGUAAUGAGGUUGAGGAUGUGCAAGGAGGGAGGCACAGUGCACUAGGUUUGAGUGGAGUAAGAAGGAACGGCCAGGGGAGCGAUGGGAUAGCAGGAAUGGACAUGGGUAGGAUGAAGGCUCCAACUAUUACCGUUCAACCUCCUUCUUCGAGAACACGAUCCAAUAACCCUACUAUCGCUGUAAUUCCAUCUCAAGCCUCACCUCAGUCCCUAAUCUCCCCUACAGCGUUCCAGCCUACAAACUCUUUCGCAGCGGCAACUGGGGAUGGAGAUGGUAUGCAUACAGGUAGGGUACCCAUUAGCCUCGAUACCCCGCCCGGCCAGAAAAGCCAUAGCAACGCUGUUGAUAUUCUGCCGUCCCCGUCUGUACUUUCGUCACGCCCCAAAUCUCAUUCUCAUCGCAUACCUUUCUUCCAUCAUCGCUCUGAUUCUCAAAGCCGCGAACCAUGCGAGGUUCAACCCCCAAGUUUCGGCAGCGACGCCUCAACCGCUCAUACGCGAGCCCAAAACAGUCACUCACACACACUUUCACGGCUCCAUCCGCCUCCAAUUGUACCUUGUCCCCCAAAUCAUACGUAUCAGUCUCGCCAACCAUAUGAGGUUCCUCUUCCUGCUUCGAAAAGCGUAGCACCGACCGCGUAUAGCAGAACCCCGGACGAUACUCAGAUUUCAGUUGAUACAUUAACGAAUGAAGUGCGAACAAUUGACUUUGCCAGAGAAAUACCGCUGCCUACUAAAGGAGAGACCGUGUAUGACGCCAAAACCACGGUGGUUACCGAGGGAGGUAGUGAGCAUCCGGCCUUCCCGCAAUGGACAUCUUCCCGUCAACUUCGUCGUCGACCGAUAGCGUCCAAUACCGGAAGAAGUAACAAAGGCAACGGUAACAGUGUGAAUGGGAAGGAAGUAGAUCCGAGAUCGUAUCCACUUCCGCCAAGUCGAUCGACUAUGAAGAAGGCAUCCACAUAUGCAGCGUCAGUACCACCCAUUGAGGAGGUCACUGAACCUGAAAGUGGAAGGGAUACUAUAAGAAGAAGCCGGGUAUCGGGUACGGUCGCUUCCUAGCUGCCCAUACUUUGUCAAGGCCGUCUGCGUUGCAACUGAAGCUUUGUUAAAGUCAUUGAUUAUAUCAGACGAUAUGCUUAGCAGGCGGUGGUAUGUCUUUGAAUCUCUUUCACCACAAUGAAUACGUAUCGAUGAUCGUUGCUAUAAUUGCUACUGCCUUGUUUAUGAAGGUUAGAGUGUUCAAUCAAAGACAAUUUGGCAUGGCAAUUCAUAUAAAGCACACCUUUAAAAAGUUGAU